AUGCCACAAGUGGAGCACUUUGUAUCUGCACAAUUGGAUCACAACAACAACAUUUCCGUCGAAACCCAAUACCUCUAUCUCCCAUCGGAUUUCAGUCAACAAGAACGAACAAAACUCUCUCUGGAUUUUCUAUCAUCCAUUGAACUGAAACUUCGCGAAGGGGAAUGUAACGAUGCUAUCAUGGGCCUUUGUGAUGCCAUCAACUACAAGAUGGUAAUGCGGGAUAAUCAACGUGCCAACUCACGUGGAGUUAUUCAGAAUACCAGGUCAGUUAAAUGGCUGAAAAGCGCUGAAGUCAAAAAGCAGGUGUACGCUUCCCAUUACCGGGCUUCACGGUCGGCAAUCCUUAGCCUUCUUGGCGUAGAUGAAUCACCCGAUUAUCCGGUCCUCAACGAUGAGGACAUGUACACCAAAAAUCCAACGGCGGCUCGUGAGUUAGGAGAUGGGAAGCGAGUUGAUGCGUGGAUCUGGCGGUAUGGGCAGCUGAAGGGUUUGGGUACUCAAGCAAAGGCUGAGUUCUUGAUUGACGGUGGGUCUAGAUUGCAAUCACUCUAG